AUGUUUCGAGCGGUGGGAUCGGUUCUGAAGAGGAACAAGGAAGCUUUCUAUGGAAUCGCUCGAGGAUCCACCACUUCGUCGUCACAUCGCGUUUUCACCUCUCAAAUCACAGCUUCUACUGUAUCUUCUGCUUCGUCUUCUCCAUUAGCAGGAAACUCCUUAUAUGGCUUGCGAUCUCUGCUCAAAGGUCAAAAUGCUUCAUUGUUUAGGAAUGUGUCAACUGUAGCGGCGAUUAGCUCAGAGAGUAAAGAGGGUUUGAAGCUGCUUGUCUCUGGAGGACCUCAAGCUCGGAAAUGGGUCGGAAUGUGGCUUUUUGGUUCGGCGGCUUGGGUUUUCAGCAUGGUGGUACUAGGCGGUGUAACCCGAUUAACUCGAUCUGGUUUAUCGAUGACUGAUUGGAAAUUCACAGGUGAAUUCCCUCCUCUAUCAGAUGAAGCAUGGGCUAAGGAGUUUGAGAAAUAUAAGCAAUCUCCUGAAUAUAAACGUGUGAACAAAGGGAUGAAUCUUGAAGAUUUUAAGUUCAUAUAUUGGAUGGAGUAUGCUCAUCGGAUGUGGGGAAGAGGAUUGGGAAUCAUGUUUGCUUUGCCGUUUUCGUAUUUUCUGCGUAAAGGGUAUAUUACUCUACGUCUUGGAGUUAAACUCUCUGGUCUAUUUGCACUUGGUGCUGGACAAGGUUUCAUUGGUUGGUGGAUGGUUAAAAGUGGUUUAGAGGAGCCGCCUUCUGAAUAUUCUCAACCGAGGGUAAGCCCAUACCGUCUUGCAGCUCACCUGACCUCUGCUUUUGCUAUAUAUUGUGGACUUUUCUGGACCGCUCUCUCUGUUGUUAUGCCCGAACCACCAGCUGAGUCAUUGGCUUGGGUACGUGGAGCGGCUAAAGUGAAAAGGCUUGCAUUACCAGUAAGCUUGAUUGUUGGUAUCACUGCGAUUUCAGGAGCCUUUGUUGCUGGAAAUGAUGCUGGUCGUGCAUUCAACACAUUCCCGAAAAUGGGCGAUACAUGGAUCCCAGAUAAUAUAUUUGAGAUGAAACCACUUAUUCGCAACUUUUUCGAGAACACGGCAACUGUUCAGCUCGAUCAUCGCCUUCUCGCAACAACAACGCUUAUCGCUAUUGGAACAAUGUGGUGGUUCACAAGGAGGCUAGACAUACAUCCAGCCGUUAAAGCUUUAAUCGGAAGCACCGUCGGAAUGACUGCUGUUCAGGUGACAUUAGGUGUAUCAACUCUUCUGAGUUAUGUUCCGGUUUCAUUAGGUAGUGCACACCAAGCAGGAGCUUUAACACUUCUCACUUUGAUGCUGCUUCUUAAUCACACUCUUCGGAAACCAUCACCUUCUCUUCUCAAAUCUCUUCCACAAAUCGCAAAGUCAAAUUUCAGCUAA